AAGUAGGAGAGAGUAAAUUGCAUAUGCACAUAUGCACACUCGUUGGGUCGAUUUGAGUUGGUGUUGGGGUGCCUGGCUGUUUUGUGCUACGGGUAGUAGAGGAGGACGGGGAGGAGGGAGGAGGUUGAACGAGGCUGUCAGGGCGUUGUCGCACGAGAACUUCUUCCUCGAACGAGAACUUCUGCUACCGAGCUCUGGACGUGAUUGCGGUGAGAUUCAUACUGGUUUGGCUGUAAUUGAAGUCAGAACACAUUUAGCGACGUGGUAGUGUGAGUGUGCACUCAGAUUGGGAACGAGAGUGGGCUGUUUGUGUCCAUGUAGGACCGUUUGUGUACUUGUACGGCGGGCGAGUGCCGAGAACGAAGGCGGGGCGUUUAUUGUGGCGGCGGGUAAUUCGGGGUGAAGUAGAGAAGCUCUUGGCAGCAUCUCAGUUUUUAUUCAGUGAGCAGAGCAGGGAGCAAACUCAUCAGACAUGUAACUUUGCCAGCUAGGGAGCCAUUCCGUCGAUUCAUCAAGGAGACAAAAGGAGGAAAAUAGACCGACAGGUUGAUGGCUACAGGCAGCUGAGUGUCAAACGGCUUACCGGUGAUAUUCCUGUGAAUGUUUAGCUUUAAUUAGAUCGUGCGCGCCAAGCUCUGCAAAGAAAGAGAGGAACGAGACGAAGACCUCGUCUUGUGUGUGUGUGUGUGUGUGUGUGUGUGUGUGAGAGAGAGAGAGAGAGAGAGAGAGAGAGGGUAACUGCGUCCUGCUCUGCUAGGGAGACGAAAGUAGUUAGAGCUUGCCGUAUUGCUGCUGUUAAUUUGUCAUUUAUCGCUUGUAGUACCUGGUCUAGGCGCGUGUCUGCAUUCGUCGAUCGCGGAUUUUUACAGAUUGCUGGGCAGAACCACCUCUUUUCCCCACUCUAUUUCCCUUCCUUACCCCCUCCUCUCCUCCCCUCUCCUCUUUUUUCAUUGCUAACUCUCCCUUUUCCUCUGGUUUUCUCCGCUCUUCUUUCCUCUCCUUCUCAUUCUUGAGUGUGUGGAGUGUGUAGCUGCUCGAUAGACAAGAUUUGGUAGUGUUUUUUUUCCUGCGAGUUGAGCGAAUUUUAGGGUUGAUCUGUAGACUCUUUCUUUAUACACGUUGGAUUUUAGGGUUUCUAAAAGACUGCCCAUCUGCCUGCCAAUACGCGUAGGAGUCCCCUAGGUUUGUGUUGGAUUUUAGGGUUUCAAAAAGACUGCCCAUCUGCCUGCCAAUACGCGUAGGAGUCCCCUAGGUUUGUGUCCUGAUGGCGGACGAGUUAAAAGCGAAGGGAAACUCCGCCUUCUCCGAUGGCAGGUACGAUGAGGCAAUCAAAUUCUUCACCGAAGCUAUAGGCUUGGCCCCUAGCAAUCACGUCCUCUUCAGCAACAGGUCGGCGGCGUACGCGAGUCUUCACAAGUACCAGGACGCUCUAGAGGACGCCAAGAAAGUCGUCUCUAUCAAACCCGAUUGGCCUAAGGGGUAUAGUCGGCUGGGCGCUGCUAAUGUCGGCUUAGGCAAGUUGGAUGAAGCCAUAGCUGCAUUCAAGCAAGGUCUCAAAUUCGAUCCGCAAAAUGCGGCGUUGCAAUCUUCGUUGGCAGAUGUGGAGAGAGCGAAAGCAAGGCCGGCUUCGUCUUCCGCCCCACGGGGAUCGCCGUUUGGCAGUAUGUUUUCGGGGCCAGACUUCUGGGCGAAGCUGCAGACUGAUCCGAGAACGAAGGCCUUGCUGACUCAGCCGGAUUUUGUCGCGAUGAUGCACGAUUUACAGAAAGAUCCUGAUAAUAUAGGUAAGUAUAUGCAAGAUCAAAGGGUUAUGCAGGCCCUCGGGGUGUUGCUUGGCAUUAAUCUGCAGACAGGACCAGGUGCAGAUGACAGGUCUGGAUAUGGCGGAGCUGCCGGGAACGGAAUGGAGAAGGAGGGAGGUUCAUCUUCAUCGCCAUCGUCGAGAUCGAAACCUUCUUGGCGGCCAAGGGAACCUGAGCCCGAGCCAGAACCUGAGCCCGAGCCCGAACCGAUGGAGACGGAGGAGGAAAAAGAGAAGAGGGAGAAUAAAGCGAAAGCUCUGGAGGAGAAGAAUUUGGGGAAUGAAGCAUACAAGAAGAGAGACUUCGACGUCGCCAUCGCUCAUUACUCCAAAGCUAUAGAGUUGGACAAUGAAGAGAUCGCAUACCUUACAAAUCGGGCUGCGGCAUAUUUCGAGGCGGGAAAUGUUAACGGUGGUGAUGUCUGUGUCAUUCUUAUGCCUUACGUACGUACAGGGAAUGAGUAUUUCAAGAAGUCUGAGUUUCCGGAUGCAAUAAAGCAUUACACAGAGGCAUUGAAGAGGAAUCCCAAGGACCACAGGGUGUACAGCAACAGGGCUGCAUGCUACACUAAGCUGGGUGCCUUCCCUGAAGGCCUGAAGGAUGCAGAGAAGUGCAUAGAGCUGGAUCCAACAUUCGUUAAGGGCUAUUCACGAAAGGGGACGGUUCAGUUUUUCAUGAAGGAAUACGACAAGGCUCUGGAGACUUACCAGACUGGGCUCAAGUACAGUGAGAACAAUCAGGAGAUGCUUGAUGGUAUUAAGAGGUGUGUCGACAAAAUCAACCAGACAAAUCGCGGGGAGGUUACUCCGGAGGAAAUGAAGGAGAGACAGGCGAAAGCAAUGUCCGACCCAGAGAUUCAGCAAAUCUUGACUGAUCCGGUGAUGAGACAGGUUCUGCAAGAUUUCCAGGAGAACCCAAGUGCGGCGCAGCAGCACACCAAGAACCCGAUGGUUAUGCAGAAGAUUCAGAAGCUUGUAGCGGCUGGCAUAGUCCAAGUUCGCUGAAGAGGUGCGAGGGAGGGGGAGGGGGUGUGCAUCGUCCAGGUUUGCUGAAGUGGGGCGGGAUCAAUACAGGUGUAAUUGUCAAUUGUAGUUGGCUGGUCCGUAUAUCGUCACUCUCCUUGAGGACGUAGUUUGAAGUUUCAUGUUUUUGUGUGUGAAACAAAAAAGUAUUGCGGUAGUUGUGUAGAAGGUUAAAUUUAGUCUGUUCUUCUGCGACAGGAAGAGGGGGGUGUAUGGAAAAAUCUCCGUCAGAACGUUUAAGGGGUCGUGGAACGUGCUCGAGGGGCGAAGGGCUUUUGGAAAAUACUGUGCUGUAGCAAAUUCUGUGUGAAGUUACGACGACUCUUGGGGGGGGUCGUCCUCUGGAGCUUCCUUGAGCGGUCUGGGAGCGCGUGUGAGUGGUGGUGGUCCCGGGUGGAUGUUUGGAACCUCUGUGCUCCAGCACACGUGCGAAAUGCUCUCUAAAGAAGAAACUGGGGUUUAGAUUUCUUGCAAUGGAUAACCGUUUUCUUCUUGUGCACAUUUGCGGCAAACUUUGUCUGAUCUCUCUCCCUCUCUCUCUCUCUCUCUCUCUCUCUCUUCCUCUCACGAUGCGGCUCGGAUCAUGAGGACGAGCAGAGUUGUGCUCCGUCGACCUGCAAAUCAGUGUCUGUUCUGGGACUGCAUCAGCGCGUCCCUUGUGCGUUUGCAUGUGUGAAGCAGGUUCUCUUCCGGGACUGUGUCAGCAUGUCCCUUGUGCUUUUGCAUGGGCGAGGAACUGAGUUCUCAGGGGGAUAUAACCUCUCUUUUUUUGCCGAAUGGGUUGAGCGACGCCUCAUUUACCGAAUGAUGAUGUAUGACUCUUUGGGUAAUCUGCUUUUUCUUUCGCGGGUUCGUCUGCUUGAUUCUGCUCUGCAUGCUUUUUUCUUUCUCCUUUCCUUGACACGGGGUAUUGUCUGUUGUUGUUUCCUUCUCGAUGGUUCUCCUUCUCUAUGAUGUCUUCCUUAUCAGUCUCGAUGCUGCUGCUCCUCGAUGAUGUAUUCCUUAUCGGUCGUGUCACUUGCUGAAACUCUCUCUCUCUCUCUCUCUCUCUCUCUCUCUCUCUCUCUCUCUCUCUCUCUCUCUCUCUCUCUCUCCUCACGUAUGUGGUCUGUUUUUCGUCUUCUCAAUCUUUAAGCUUUUGAGACCCACCCUCCACUGCGAAUCUGCGGACUUCGGUCUCUUGCAAAGUAAACCCUGCUGACAUCU